AUGGCUAAGCCACGGUGUGCUGAUGUCCAUAACGAUGAUAUUCUUCAUGCUAUGGAUACGGGCACCGUCCAUCGACGACCUCCAGCAAACGAAGCGAUCGAAUCCACCGGCAUCAUAAGAUUCAAUGGAACUCUGGGCACCCCUUCUAUAUAUCGUGGCAGCCCGUCUCCAGAAAUCGAUGCCACUUGGGAUAGGGUAGCUUUGAAUGCGCGUCAAAUCCGUAUGACCCGUGAGCAACUGCUCAGAACAGGGGAGAAACCUUCUCCGGCCAUGGUCAGGUAUCCGGAGGAAUACGGCGGAGGUUACAUGACAACUGUAGAAGUCAUUCACCAGCUCCAUUGCUUAGACAUGCUUCGCAGAGCCAGCUGGGGUGAUCAAUCCGCGGGUCAUGGCGCUCACGAAUCCCCCAAAGAGUUCCGCGUUCAUCUCGAUCACUGCAUCGAGAUGCUAAGGCAGAUCACCAUGUGUCGUGGCGACGUGACAAUGCUCACUUACGACUGGGUCAAGGGUGUCGAAAAUCCUCUUCCUAACUUCAACGUUCCUCACCGAGGUAGGAACUUGGAGAAGGUCUUUGAUUGGGUUGAUGAGCAUCGUGUUUUCAUCCCUAAUUCCAAAGUGGUCCGCUUGGAGGAUAACGUAGACCUGCCUUCCCCUCCUGGAUUAUAG